GAAUUCCACCGUCUGCCAUUUCCAGACACUGAAAGUCUCACGGCACUUAGCAUCACGUGCUUUCUUUCUUUUCUUUUUUUUUGUUUUGGAGGACACACCCUUGCAAACGAAAUUUAUUCAAAAGUGACACAUUAAAUAGCCGUUUUAUUUAUGCUGGUAUUCAUGUCUUUGGCGAUGGCAAAUAAUCCAGCAGCGGCACCAAAUGAUCGAAUAACGGCAGAAAAAUCCGCGCGCAGCCCGAAAUGUGCCAGAUGUCGGAACCAUGGCUUCGUCGUCCAGUUAAAAGGUCAUUCGGGAAAAUGUCAGUUUAGGCAAUGCUUGUGUUGGAAGUGUUCUCUCAUCAACGAGAGGACGAAAAUCCUGGCCUCUCAAAGACGGAUCAAAUCUGUUCAGGGAAACGAGACACCGGGUGCCGAUCGUACCGAGCAGACUGCUCUAUCUGACAGAAAAACGGUCUCUACGGCUAAUAAUUCUUCAACUAACGGAGCAAAUGGCAAAACAGCCGUCAGCGCAAGAAAGGAGAGUGCUAUUAAAGCGCCCGUUAGUCGAGAAGGCACAUGCGAUAAAACGUACAUUGACCUCCACGCACCCGCAGGCACGCGCGGUUCCGUUAGCUCGGGCGCGGUUUAUUGUGAUCUGAAGACACCGGCGGGACCGAGCGCUCCGGGCGGCGUUCAUGGAGAUUCACCACCUUUUCCUGGAGAGUACAUAAUUACAGAGGCAAUCCCAGGGCAAAUGUAUCCUGCAGAGAUGUUCGCAAUCCCUCUUCCCUUGCACCCGCAUUACCCGGACAGAUACAUGUUCCCGGCGGUGCUGGUGAGCCUGAGACCACCUGCGCCAGGAGCCUUCAGGGAGCAUGUUGGAUUUGUUCCCUUGCCACCAGGAGCGCUGUCUCAUCCACCGGAGACUCGGGAAUGGCAAGAGAUCCAUUUUCCGCAGUGUAGUCCAUACCCCCCAUAUCCAGGGCUGAGAGAUGAACGUUUCCACCAUUCACAGUGUAAUAUGAACGGAGAGCAAGAAAGAUCCGAGGUUCCUCCUCAAGCUGCAAGUGUCCCAGAAGAUACAGCUGAAGCCAAUGCUGUCUUUGUUCCAGUAAAGACAAGAGUUUGACAUUUGUUCUUACACUACAACCAAUUAUGGUAUCAGUCUUUUUUUUUUUUUUUUUUUUGCACAGUUUUUAAACUUGACAGCUCUAAUUCUAACUGAUUAGAAUGGACAGUUGAAUGUUAAAAGCAGUUAUGCUUGAUAUUUUUUCUUCUGGCCUGUUGUUUAGGCUUUUUCAGACAGUAAUGUUGUUCAGGAUGUUUUUUUCCUAAAUCUGGAAGUGUGUUUAAUGAAUAAACUCAUCCAUUCUGAA